CUUUAAGAGUUAGCGCCGGCGGCGUCAUCGGCCGUCAACUUUCUCUCCUUACAAUACCUCGUUGACAGUUGAGACAAGAGGAUAUAUAUAUAAGAGCCCCAUUUCAAUCAAAUUAAAGAAAGAAAGCUACAGCGAGAGAGUGCAAAUUAAAAGAUCAUUAAAUUCGUUUAAUUUCUUGGGGUCAACUGUGGCCGCAAUUAAGGAUCGGAGUAGAGUUUCGCAUAUGGCUUCAUCAGGUGGUGUUCCGCCGGGGUUUAGGUUUCAUCCAACAGACGAAGAGCUUCUUCAUUACUACUUGAAGAAGAAACUUUCAUUUCAGAAAUUUGACAUGGAGGUUAUCAGAGAAGUCGACUUGAAUAAGAUUGAGCCUUGGGAAUUGCAAGAGAGGUGCAAGAUUGGAUCAACACCGCAGAAUGAAUGGUACUUUUUCAGCCACAAGGAUAGGAAGUAUCCCACAGGUUCAAGAACAAACCGAGCAACAAAUGCUGGAUUUUGGAAGGCAACAGGCAGGGACAAAUGCAUAAGAAACACAUUGAAGAAGAUUGGUAUGAGGAAAACCCUAGUGUUUUACCGAGGAAGAGCUCCACAUGGCCAAAAGACUGAUUGGAUCAUGCAUGAGUAUAGGCUUGAAGAUUCCGACGAAAAUUCAAGUGGCCUACGUCUACCCGUAUGGAGCCACCAUCAUUCGCAAGGCUUGCUUUACAUUGGACCCGAUGUUGAGCCUCUCAUAGCCUAGUACCGGUGAACUAGGCAAGCGACCCUGCAAGGCAGCCAGCCUUUCUGCAAAAUCAAUGUCCGCCUCGCCGCUGCUUUCGGGUGAUUGGAGAAUAGCUGUAAGGAAUACUAAACGAAAGUAUGCAGCGAGGCAAAGCCGAUUGAGAAUAUGACGGUUAGCCCCUCGGCGCUUGGGAGGCAUCCUAUUUAAUAAAGAUUCUUCCUCUAGUCGAAUAGAGUAUUAGUCCGCUCCAUUAUAUUCCCCAUUAUUUCACUUUCUCGCUAUUCGAAAUAUCAUAAGAGAAGAAAGCUGGCAGGUUGGAUCCUAGGGUAGAUUCCUGCUGUUGAAUGAUCGACUAGCUUCCUCUUUAG